AUCCCGUUCGUUAUCAUCGCAUUGAUCGCAAAUCUUUUGUUGAUACGAAUUGUGCAUAAGAAACGAGAAAUGCACACCACGACAAACUAUCUUCUCGUGAGUAUGGCCGUUAGUGAUGUCAUCACCGUAUUGCUGUGGCCACUGUACUACUUUUCCUUCGCAAAGUUCGUUUGCAAGUUUUCUACGCUUGCGGAAAUCAGCAUCAUGGUUUCCUUCAAUACCCUUACUGUGCUGGCGGUGGAAAGGUACCACGCGAUUCUGAAGCCAUUCGAAACAGGACUGCGGUUAAAUAAAGAUAACAUCAAGCGGGCAAUCGCUUGCAUUUGGAUCGCAAGUCUCAUCAUAUGUUUUCCAGAAUUUUUUCUUAAAGAAUGGAGCGAGACAUACGCUGGGUGUAUCGGUCUCUGGACCUUACAGAUGAAUGAGGCAAGCCAAAUUUAUGUCGCCAUAAAUCUCACCAUAGCCUAUAUACAAAUAGUGGUUACGUUUUCUUGCUAUGGAUGCGUGAUUAAGGGACUUUACUUUAGUAGCAUAGCGUACCCAGAAACCGAAAGAGAGACAACAUCGGAGAAAAAGAAACUUGUCAUAACUCUAAUCUUGGCCACUACAGGGUUUUUAGUGGGUUACACGCCAUACCUUUUGGGCAUUUAAAGUAACAGGAAGUGAUAGAAACGAAGACUUUCUAUACGUAACGGAUUUCUUUUUCGUGAGCAGUUUUUAAAAGUCUAAACCCUAUGAUUUAUGGAUUUCGAGGCAGAAAAUUCCGAGAAAACCUUAAACGAAUGCUGUUUGGCUGGAAACCGACAACACAGAACGAAGCUAAUCUUGGACUGAAUAAAUAACUGCUUCUCUUAGCUGUUUUCGUCAUCAUCAGAAUGAAAAAAAUAUAUAAAAUUAAAAUUUUUUCGCCGUUAAUCUGUAGUUUCAAGUUCGGCGCCGCAAUGUUGUGAAGAAGUAAAAAAAAGGUGAUCGUAACAAAAUAACAAUAAACGACAAUAAUAAUAAUAAUAAUAAUAAUAAUAAUAAUAAUAAUAAGAAGAAGAAGAAGAAGAAGAAGAAGAAGAAGAAGAAUUUAUUGUUAAAAAAAAACAAUAAAAUAUUAAUGGAUAAAAUUAUAAUUAGUUUUAAAGACGAGAUUAUGAAAACGCUUUAUUUCUUGAAUAAAAUUACUACAACUGGUUUUUUUUGUUCUCGUAGUAUUUUUAUUUUUUAAGAUACCACGCGAUUCUGAAGCCAUUCGAAACAGGAAUGCGACUGCGAUAAAGAUAACAUGCAUCAAGCGGGCAAUCGCUUGUAUUUGAUCGCAAGUUUCGUUUAGACAAGUGCGCGGGCCGGCUGAAUGCGACUUAGUUUGAACUUCUAAUCGCCACCUAGUGUUUUAUGAUCGCAGCAUAAUAGCGUCUGCGGAGGAGUGGUGGGGGGGGGUUGGGGGAGGCAGAAGGGGAUGGGGGUGAGCAGUCAGUGCUAUUGCAGCUUUUUGUCACUAACAACUUUGCGAUCGCCUGUAUUCACUAACGAAUACAGACUUUUUGCAACAACAGAUUACAAGCCCUAUUUACUUUUAAAAGCGAGUGGAAGUUUUCUUAUGAUCAUUAGAUCAGGGACAAGAAUUAUUCAAAAACAGCAUCUCUUUUUACAAGUUAAGAAGAAGAAAGUGAAGCAUCAAAGUAAGUGUUCACCAAUGAGAAUAAGUUAACAUAAUGUUUUAUAAUCUUACUUAGACUUGAAAGGCGUCGCCGCCUUGUAGUUCUAUUGAAAAGUAGUCUGACUUUGCCUGUGCGGCAUUUAAGAGUCAAAGUUGCGAAGGAAGAGAAAAGAGUGGUACAGUGUACAUGCUUACAUACAAUAAACUGAACUUAGCAAUUGUGCUUUGCGAAAAUAAAGUAUAAAGACGUGUUGGGAAACUGUGUAUUUUUCCAACCGUAUGGUACAUUUACAAAGAAGAGGUUUAUUCGAAAAGCGAUAGCCCUUUCGAUUUAAGAAUAUUAAGCUGUUUCUCGUAACAUGAACUCGAUAAAUAGGUGAUAUUGAAAAAAAUUAUCAGGACUAGCGUUUAUUAAGAACUAUCACGCAGACAUGAAAGUUGUCAUUGCGCCCAGAAGUGCCUAGCAUUUUGCAUCUAUAAACGAAUGUAGUUAAGGGUUGUUAUCACUAAAACGAAAAAUAAAAAACCGCACAUGGAGUGAAAUAUUGAAAUAUAUUAAUUUGUUGGGUAUAGAAUAAUUAACCUCCAUAAAUUAUCAAAAACUUUUUUUCGCGUCGGAUUAUUCAAGUUAGACUUUUCCAUACAGUUUCCCAAGAGGCGUUGUUCGGCCAAAGCUAAUUGCUGUCCUUAAACUCAAAAUACACGACAUCAAAUAAGGCAAAAGCAAGAACGCUACUUUUUAAAGAGACGCAAUAUGGAUGAAAUCUAUAACCUUCAAUAUACCUUAUUUUAUUCAAGCAUCCUGUUCCUUCUCAUUGGAUUCAUCGGAAAUGUGUUGGUAAUACGAAUUGUUCACAAAACACGCGAGAUGCACACGCCCACAAAUUAUCUCCUAGUCAGCAUGGCUGUUAGCGAUAUUGUUACCAUUUUGAUGUGGCCGUUGUAUUUCUUUGUAUACUGGAAAUUCUUUUGCAAGUUAAUCGAGCUCGUUCAAGUCUGCAUAAUUGUUUCCUGCAUUACCAUGACUGUACUAGCAGUCGAAAGAUAUUACGCAAUAAUGAAAGCCUUAAAGAAACGGACAGCGCUUAAGAGAAGACAACAUUAAGAAGGCGAUCGCUUGCAUUUGGGUGGCAAGCGUUGUCAUGUGCCUCCCAGCAACGUUCUUUAAAGAAUGGAGCAAAACUUAUGAGACAUGUAUUGGUCCCUGGACUCUGUAUUUAAAUCAAGGUAGCAAAGCUUGUUUGAUUUUAGAUGCAGUUAUAUAUUCUAUUCUACUGGGGAUCAUGAUAUACUGCUAUGGAUCCUUGAUAAGAGGGUUUUACUUUACCAACACAGUGUGUCGCGACACAGAUGGAGAAAAGAAUUCUGAGAAGAAGAAACUUGUAAUCACGUUUAUGUUGGUAACCGUUGCUUUUUUUACUGGUUUUAUACCAACUGUAGUUUCUUACGUGAUCAUUCCGUCAGGAGAUGGAACAACAGAAGUUACUUUUUACGCUCAACCUACAUUUGUUGCUGAUUUUGUAUUCGUUUUAAGUUUAUGUUUCAACCCUUUUAUCUACGCUUUUCGCAGCACUAACUUUAAAGAAGGGUUCAAGAGUGUAAUUUUACGCAGAAAUCUCCAAAUGCAUAAUGAAGUUGCACAGCCUAGCUAA